CCACAUUAUCCUAGUGCUGUAAUAGCAAGAAGAGAUCCAAGUCAUAAAGCUAUGGAUUAUAAUAUUCAGCAAAAAAGUGAUGUAUUUUGGCGUGCCGAAAGUCAUACCGAAAUCGAAAGUUAUAUCGAAAGUCGAAAGUCUUACGAAAGUCAAAAAUCUUACCGAAAGUUAAAACUCUUACCGAAAGUCGAAAGUCUUACCGAAAGUCCUACGAAAGUCAAAAGUCUUACCGAAAGUUGA